AUGCCGAAGUCCAACAACCUCAUUUCCCUCACCAAAGAGGCGGUCCGUGAAAGUCCUCGUGAGAUUUUCAACUGGUACCUCAUCUUCUGCACCCUGGCUGUGAGUUUCAGUGGCGUGGCCAAAGGUUUUGAUGAAGGGAAUAUCGCCUCCGUUGUUGUCAUGCCGAUCUUUAUGAAAAAGUUCGGGCUCGACUCUCAAUCUGACGCCGAGUAUGCGAACACCAAGGGAUGGAUUGUUUCCAUUGCGACAGCGGGUGCGGUCUUUGGAUGUCUUAUUUGCAGCUGGCUUAACACUCGAUUCGGUCGGAAGAAGACCCUGUUGAUAUAUACCAUCAUCUACAUGGGUGGAAUCUUUGGGCAGACAUUCUCCAAUGGCUCACUGGCAGCGCUAUACGUUUCACGAGUCAUCGCAGGCUUCGGUAUUGGAGGUACAACCGUGGUACCAAGUGUAUAUCUCUCAGAGAUUGCUCCAAGGCCGAUUCGAGGUCUUAUGACGGUCCAAUAUGCUGCCUGUCAGCAGCUGGGUGUAGUGUUUGGCUUCUUCUUCAACUACGGCAUCACAAAGUACCACAAAAACACCGAGCUCCAGUGGCAGCUACCCACCGCUCUCCAACUUGUCCCAGCAGCCAUUUGGGGAAUAGGCACAUUGUUCAUUCUCGAGUCGCCUCGGUGGCUGAUGUCGGUCAACCGACAGUCGGACGCAAUCCGCAACUUGACUCGGCUCCGUCACCUGCCAGAGGACCAUCCAUAUGUGAGGGAAGAACUCGCCGCCAUCAACUUGCAAAUACUCCACGAAGUCGAGGUGGUGGGCGGCGCAAGUCAAUGGAGUCUGAUGAAAGAGACUUUUUCUACCGUUCAGAACCGUCGUCGGUUCUUCCUUAUGCUGGGGGCGCACACGUUUAGCCAGUGGUCCGGGGCCAACGCCAUCACGCAAUACUCUCCUACAAUUCUUGGAUAUCUCGGCAUUACCGGCACCGAGGUCAAGUUCUUGACGACUGGUAUCUACGGAAUCGUCAAAUUCGUGUCGACGCUCCUGUUCGCUUUGUUCAUUGUCGACUUUAUCGGCCGACGACGGUCGCUCAUCACUGGCAUCUGCCUGCAGAUUACAACCUUGAUCUACAUAGCUGGCUACCUGGGUGCCACCAACGGCAUGAGCGCAUCCUACAUCUCUAGCCACUCCGUUAUCGAGAACGCAUCGACCGUGGCGAUUGUUGCCAUUUUCCUCCACGCUGUUGCCUGGUCUAUCGGUUGGUUCAGCGCCCCUUAUCUGAUCAACUCCGAGAUCUUCCCCAUCCGCAUCAGAUCCUUCAACAUGUCUGUCAUGAUGGCAUUCCACUGGCUCUACUAUUUUGGAUGUUCUCGAGCCAUGCCUAGCCUGCUCGCAGCCACUGAUCGCUACGGAGCGUUCAUCUUCUUCGCAUCCAUUUGUAUCAUCUCGCUCGUAUUUGUCUUUUUCUGCAUGCCGGAAACUUCUGGGAGAUCACUCGAGUCCAUGGACGCGCUGUUCGAACGUCCCCUUUACAGAAUCCGGGAAAUCGCCUAUCCAACUAAAGAGGAUCUGGAACGAGCAGCUGAUCUUCACCCUGACGAUAUUAAAGAGGACAAGCAUGAGGUGCAGGAGGAGGAGAUCAUCAAAGUCUAG